UAAACAGUGGCUUUUCAUGACUUCAAGUCAACUUGACUACAGACUUUGUUACAGAAUUUACUAUAGUAUAUCUUCCAUUUGCUCAUACACUAUCGCCAGGCUCAUCUCGCCCUAGAACGAAAAUGAAAGUCGUCGUAUUCAGCACCCAUGACUACGAUCAAGUAUCGCUAGAGAGCGCGAACCGGCAACAAGGUUUCAACAUUGAGUUCGACUUCCACGAUGUGAUCCUCAACGAGAAGACUGCUGUCUUGGCUACCGGGUGCGAUGCAGUAUGCGUGUUUGUGAAUGAUCAAGUUGACGCACCGGUAUUGGAAAAGUUGGCGAAAGCGGGAAUCAAAUUAGUUACACUGCGCUGUGCUGGGUACAACAAUGUCGACACUAAGGCUGCGACCAGCCUUGGGAUCACCGUGCUCCGAGUUCCAGCUUAUUCUCCAUAUUCAGUCGCCGAGUUCACUGUCGGCCUGCUUCUGGCCCUUGACCGCAAACUAUGUCGCGCGUGGCUUCGCAUUCGCCUGGACAAUUUCUCUCUCGACGGACUCCUGGGACGUGACCUGCACGGCAAGGUGGUUGGAAUCCUAGGGACCGGACGUAUUGGCAGUCUAGUGGCAAAGGCUUUCAAACUUGGGUUCGGAUGUGAUGUGAUUGCAAGUGACGUUGUCCACAACAACCACCUGGAAUCUCUCGGUGUUCGAUAUGUUGAUCGUCGAGAACUCUUCUCCACGUCCGACAUCCUUUGCCUACACUGUCCGCUCAGUCCCGAGACACACCAUAUUGUCAAUGCCGAGACUCUGUCCUGGGCCAAGCCGGGGUUACUUCUUGUGAAUACCAGCCGAGGAGGCUUGAUCGACACCACAGCCCUUAUUGCUGCGCUCCAGAAUGGUGCCAUCGCCGGCUGCGCAAUUGACGUCUAUGAGGAGGAAUCGAGCCUAUUCUUCCGCAACUUGUCAAGUACAGUGGUUCAGGAUGAUACAUUCCAGCGCCUGAUCACUUUUCCAAACGUCUUGGUGACGGGACAUCAGGCGUUCUUUACCCAAGAAGCCUUAAGCGCCAUUGCUCAGACCACUUUGCAGAAUAUCGUCGACUUUGCCGGGGGUAAACCAAAUCCCGACAUGAAGGUGUAGUAGAUACCGGCAAAUGUACAUAGCAUACUAUUACAGGACAAUCUCGAGCAGAAUCAAGGCUAGAUUAGUGGUGCCUCUUUCUCCCCGCUAGAGGGCAUACUAAGACUUCCCAACAAGCAAGAUCUACUCG